AUGUCCGUAAGCCAUCCACCAAAGAAUGGUCUCUUAUUACUUUUGCAAGCAGCCAGAAAACUUGAUGAAGAAGAAUCGUUGCACCGUUAUCCUCACAGUUCGGAAAAGUGGGAACAUAAACAUUCUCAGCGGAACUACGAAGAAACGAACAUAUCAUAUUCAUACUCUAACAAUUAUGGCUCACAAAGGCGACCGGUUACUUCUGUGAGAUGCACGCACAAUGAACUUGAGAAGAGUCGUCGUGCCCAUCUACGUACUUGUAUGGAGACGCUAAAGGAGCGUUUAAAUUUUGAUAAUGAUGUUCCAAGGAUAACUAUGUUAACUGUGCUGAAGAAGGCGACAGCUACAAUACAGCUUUUGAAGCAGAAAAAACAGUGCUUGGAAAGCUACGAAGAUAGUGAAAAACAGAGAUGUGUUCAGUUGCUUAAACGACGUCAAGCGCUUAGGAAGAAGCUAGAAGAAAAACGUAGCCGUUCACUAAAACUGCAAAGUUGGAAGGAGCGGAAUCGCAAUUGUUCCGAAUGUUCUAUCGCUACUACGUCUUCAGACGAUUCUGAAAUGGAUUUGCGAUCGGGUUCUAAUUUGGUUGCACAAUCUGUAAACAACGGGGCACAAAUACCAAAUACGGCAGCAGCAGGACUCAAUACAUGUGCUAACGAUCCAAGCUACACUCUACACGUCUCUAAACAUCGGAGCCUCAGUUCACCCACAGGCACUAUGAGCAGUUCACCAGUUGGUCUGGAUGCUUUCGAUGCCAGUAGUUCUGAUUCAGGAUUUGAGGAAAUAACUAUAACCUCGAGUGGCAUAAUGCCUCAAAGUGAAAACUCAAUGGCUUACUGCAUCAAUGAUAGAUCUCAAUGUGUUUCAGUAUAUCCAAGCAAGCAUCAUAAUGCAACUAAUUUUGUAGCAGCUCGACAUUCAUCUUUAUAUCAUCAUCCAUAUUCUGAAUUAUGUUUACAUUUCAAUUGUCGAUUUCGCACGGAAUUGCGUAAUAUGUUUCCUUGUUUAUCUAAUUCCUCGAAGUAUGUUCGUAGUCUUGUAUUCCUCAAGUAUUCAUCUAUCUUACAUUUCUGUGUGGAUGCCGGUUAUGUCUUUCAAGAUGCACUAGGAUUGAUCAUGGGUUUAUCAGGAGAAAAAGCAUCAGAAGAUAAAGGCUUGACCGUUUUUAGUCUUAUGGGGAAAGUUAAAAAAGCUCUCACUUAUUUGGUACUUACUUUCUGGACAGGUUUUCGUGUUGACUUUUUCGAAGCACCGAAUAAACGUCUUAUUCAAGGUGCUUUCUUUAGGCGUUUGAUGGCUCUAAACAAAUUAACGCAGUUAAGAAUAAUGGAUGAAGAUGCAUAUUCCAAGGAUUUAAAACGUGUUAUUGCAACAAACUAAUCAGAUAUGUAGAAAAGCUAAGGUAACUAUAGCAAUUUGAAUCAUCAUCAAAAUGUUGGGUUUUUCGGUAAACACUCCUACUAAACGUUCUUGCUACAGUUUAUAAACAAGGAAAUUACGAUAUGGAGUUGAAAAGAUCAGAAACUAGCGUAUGAAGUAAUGCAGGAGGUUGUCGACUAUCAUUCAUUGCGUCUUAUGGGGUGUUUAUCACAUGCCAACCACCACCCUUCCCCAUUUAACAUUAACGUUCCAA